GGGCAGUUUUUUCUCAGUAUAAAUAUUACUACAGAAAUCCAGUUAGCUUCAGACUUCAGCUGAAGACAUUAGCAGAAGAUUUCAGCUCUGAACUUUCCAAAGAACACACAGAGACUCCAGGUCUUCUCGCUGGCUUUUCUAAGAUGGUGGCACUUACGAUGUACCUGAAGCAGCCAAACUUCAUUUACUUGUGUGCAUAUAUAUGGCUGGCAACCCUAACUGUGGUGAAUGCUGCAUUAGGAAUUGGUCUCAUAAAAGGCCCAAUCCUCUCAAAGACUCAAGGGCCAAUGGAAGUAGCAGCCCUAGGAAGACCUCUGUCUCUUGGUAUGCUUUACGACCGCCGCAAAGAUUCCUUCAUUCCAGGUGUUACUCUGUGGGAUAAGAAAUCACUGAGCAAAAAUUUGGGCAUUGAUCCAAAGCCCCUAACAGAUUUGAAGUUCAGUAGCUCUGAUUCUCUUUCUAGUAAGUCCAACCUCCUGGAUGUAAGUGCUUCUCUGAAGGCCAGUUUCAUGGGGGGGCUUGUGGACGUGGGAGGAUCUGCCAAGUAUCUGCGUGACACCAAAUCCUCCAACCAACAGUCCAGAGUUACAAUGUUUUACAGUGAAACCACAAGAUUUGAACAGCUCACUAUGUCCCAGCUGGGCCAGAUCACCUACCCUCAGGUGUUUGACCAGAAAACUGCAACUCAUGUGGUCACAGCAGUGCUGUAUGGAGCUCAGGCUGCCAUGGUGUUUGAUCGGACAUUUUCAGAUAAGGAAAACAAGCAGGAGAUUGAGGGAAAACUGAAUGUCAUGGUCAAGAGCAUUCCUUCAUUUUCCAUUGAGGGAGAAGGAUCUGUAAAUAUGACAGAACAUGAAAAGAAAAUGGCUGAGGAGAUCUCCUGCACAUUUCAUGGAGACUUCUUAAUUGAGCAGAACCCCACCACGUACAUGGAGGCCCUAGAGACAUACAAGACGCUCCCCACUCUGCUGAAGAACAAUUCAAAUAAUGUGGUUCCAAUAAAAGUCUGGCUUUAUCCUCUACAUCUAUUGAACAGUAAGGCAGCUCAGCUGCAGAGAGAGAUUACCACAAGUCUGAUUUCUGACACUGAACAUAUAGUUGAAGAGCUGGGAGAGGCAGAGAGGACGUGCAAUGACCUGAUCAGAAACACACUGACCAAUGCUUUCAGUGAUAUCAAAGAGAGGCUGCAAUUAUUUCAGGACUCAUUUAGCACAUACAGGACAAUGCUCCUGGGAUCAGUCGGCAGGGUUUUGCCUGCUAUUCGAGGAGGAGAGGAGGAGGAGAAGUCUCUGGAAGACAUCCUAAUUAUGCACAGGAGCUCCCCAUUCAGUGCUGACAAGCUUAACAAGUGGUUAAAUGAGGCAAAGACUGAACUUGACAUCUUGAGUUCUUACACCAGUAGGCUACAGGGGAUCAAUAUUAUAGACUCAGCUGAUCUCAAUACCAUCUUAUUUGAUCCUGAUGUUGAUAAAGUGGUCUGCUUUACCUUCACAUCACUGAAGUAUGAAGACCCAUAUCUUUCAAUCCUGAAGCAGUUUGUGAAAUCUGACAUGUCUAAACGCUGUGACACUGGGAUUUCUGUCAACUCUUUCACAAAGUGGUUCGAGGCGUUUAAUAUCGUAAAGUUGAUGAGAGAGAACCUGUCUAAAUUCAGGAGGUUUGCAGAGGCCAAUAAAAAUGAAAAGAGAAUGCGCUUAUUUAUUUCUGCCACCUCCAAUCCCUCCAUUGCUGGCUCCUCCAUCUAUCUGUAUGAAAAUGGGAAACUGAUAGAUACACAGUUUCAGCCUACGUUCAAUCAGCCCCCACCAAAAGUUCAACCUGUGAUUGUACACUGGACAGAUGAUGAUUACCCCUAAAUCCUCUUCAUACACCAGCAUUUACGAAAUCACAAUAACUUACAAUGAGAUCGAAUCAACAGUGAUAUCACUGAGCACAAUAGAAGUGAUUUUCCAGGAUCAACAGAAGAUUAAAGUUGGUGAGCUAGCAGGAAAUAAAAAAAGAGUUUUUUCAUUUGGCAUGGUCAUUAAUAUUUUAAGUGCAAAACUGUGGCCAAAUAAGGAUCAUACCAGAGUUGGGGGGGUGGAAUUUAUGGUUGAAAUAUAUAAUGGUGAAAGAAUAACAAUGUCUAUCAAAUGUUCUGAACUGGAUGUGCCUGUGAUUGUUAAUGUUGGAUCAGGAAAAUGUUACCGCAUUAAAGGUAGAGGUGGAGAUUUCAUUCAUGCUCUGCGUUUCUAAUGCAGUUAGCCUCCAGCUUUAUCAGUAUGCAAGACUUCUCUCUAUUCCUUACUAAAAGUUUGUCUCUGCAGAUUUGUGAAUAGUUUUAAGAGAAAACUCAGCUAAGAACUUUUACUGCUAUUUAGAAGAAUUCUUAGUGGCAAGAUAAAAUGUUUUGUGAAUCCGGCCCCAGUUUUUUAUAAUUCAUAACAUCUGAACAGCAAUCAUAUACUCUAAACAUGUUUUUUUUUUUUUUUUUAAAUGUAUACUCAGAUUUUAAGAGUAAAAAAUAUCAGAUUUUAGUCAAACAGUAAUAAUUUAUGUAUUUUAGUAUCAACUGUUAUAACAUUAAUGAUUUCCAGCUAAAUGGAACCAUAAACAAGUAACUCCAUUAACAAAAGUUAAGCACAUCAAAUCUGAGUUAAUGAAUAAAUAGUGAUUAUAUUUGGGGGUUUGUAAGAGAGAACAAUGUACUGUAUAGCAUCUUAUUCUGGUUCAUUUGUCCAUCUUUAUAUUUCUUUUAUUCCAUUCUGUACCUUGUGGAAGUACAAACACUCUUGAUGUUCAGUGACAAUAAAAAGCUUAUCUUGAGGGGGCUUUAUGCAAGCUGUUGCUCACAAAUGUUCAUUCUUUAGUUAUAUAACAGUGUGUAUUAAUGGUGUGUCUGCCAGAAGAGCCAAAGAAAAUUAGCAGACCCAGAAAUCGUAUAAUUAAAAUAAAUUAUGAAGCAAUGUC